AUGGACUUCGACGAUUGUGCCCACAAUCCCAUCACCGAGUACUUGCGGAUGCGUCACCAAAUGGACGGCUGGGACUUGACUGAUUCGAAAAGGGACCUUGACGCCCCUACCGAGUUCCAACAGCCAGUCGCGAGGACGCCACGUGAUGGCGGGUCACCCAUCCACUUCAAGCUUGCACCAUUGUCGCUCCCUCCUGUCCUUUCCUUGUCCUCACAGUUCAGAGAAUCUUAUAUUCAAAAGUUUUUAAACAUCGCGCGAAAGAGUCCGUCAAAGGUCCAGUGGGCGGCGUCGCAACCCGACAUGCUUGACCUAGCAAGUACAAACCUUUGCGUGCCCUCUCAUGAUACAAAACAGGCCCAACUCACCCCACUUCCUGAAGCCAUGCGCACAGCAGCACAGCGAUCAAGACGGAGUCAGUUCUAUGUUUGA